AUGGAGGCAGCAGCACCCGCAGCAGCAGCAGCAGGAACGACGACCGCGGCCGCCGCCUUCACCGGCGAGUACGCGUGCGUGUUCUGCGGCUCCAAGGAGGGACAGACGCCCGCCUUUGCCGCCGCCGCCAAGGGCCUCGCCAACGUGCUCCUGCAGCGUGGGCUGGGCCUCGUCUACGGCGGAGGCACCGUCGGCCUCAUGGGCAUCGUCUCCCGCACCGUGCAAGAUGGCGGGGGCAAGGUGUUCGGGGUGAUCCCGGCGGCCCUGAUGCCGCGCGAGGUGAGCGGGGCGAUGCUGGGCGACACGGUCGUGGUGGGCACCAUGCACGAGCGCAAGGCCCUCAUGGCCGAGAAGGCACACUUCUUCAUCGCCCUCCCGGGCGGCUUCGGCACGUUCGAGGAGCUGUUCGAGAUCAUCACGUGGGUGCAGCUGGGCAUCCACAGCAAGCCCAUCGGGCUGCUCAACGUGGCGGGCUACUACGACCCGCUGGUGGCCAUGCUCAAGCGCGCCCACGAGGAGGGCUUCAUCGCCGACAACUGGACCGACCUGGUCCUCGUCGCUGAUGAGCCGGAGGCCAUGGUGGAGAAGCUGCUCGCGCACCGGCCCCCACCGGGCCUCGUCGACCAGAAGAGCUGGGCCGGUCCCGGCAGGCCCCUCUCCCUCUCCGAGUCCUAG